UAGCACGCACGACAGCCGGAGCGCCCGGUGCGCGGUGCGAAGAGUGAGAGACAAGUGUGAGAAGAAAGAAGAAAGAGGGUAGAAGAAGAAAGAAUGAGAGCAGGGGACCGCGCAGCCCUCUGUACAAAUGGACCAUAAGGAUAUUUAACCAUCUGCCCGGGGAGCGCACAGACACCGCAGUCCAUGCCUCUGUCUUGCCAGGUCAUUGAUGGGAAAUCAACUGGAUCGGAUCACCCACCUCAACUACAGCGAGCUGCCCACGGGGGAUCCGUCCGGGCUGGAGAAGGACGAGCUUCGGGUCGGCGUCGCCUACUUCUUCUCUGACGAAGAGGAGGAGGUGGACGACCGCACUCCGUCCGACUGCGGCUUCACCAAGGACCACAGCCCGGCCGAGGAGGGACCCUUCUCGGUCAGCGAGGUGGAGUACUCAGCCUUCUGCUCCCAGGAAUGCAUCUUCUCCAAGCUGCGGGAGAACGAGGACUUAAAUGUAUACUCGGCCAAAACUUUGCUGAGUAUGUGCAAACCGGGGGACCUGCUGGAGCUGGUGGCCACCGCGCAAGCCCCCCACUGGGCCAUCUGCGAGCAGGACGACCAGGUCAUUCAUCUAAACAAGGGCGAGAUCCGCAAGGACAGCCUGCUUGAGAUCAGCAACGGUCGCCACGGGAGGAUAGUCAACAAUCGGUACCGGUACCGACCGCUUCCUCCUGACCUAGUGAUGCAGAACGCAAUGGGACACCUGGGCCUGAGCAGCGAGGAGAUAUGCUGGACCAACUCGGAAAGUUUCGCAGCGUGGUGCCGCUUUGGGAAACGGGAGUUCAAAGCGGGGGGAGAAGUGCACUCGGCAGAGCAGCAGUAUUUCCUCAAAGUGCACCUGUCCGGCAGCGGGGUGCACACUCUGGUCUUUCGCAGUCUGGAGGACAUGAUCCGGGAGAGGAGGCGAGUGGACGCCAGUGGAAUUCUCAAAGAGCUGUCUUUGGUUAACGGGGGCAAGGAGUGAUCAGGGAUUCCGUUUGAUAUCCUCUCCUCCGAUCUCUCCCCCACUCCCGCUGCGCACGGACGCACAGUUUUGCGCACAAGCAAACGUACUCGCACACACGCACACAAGCACACAGACGCACACACAUGCAAGGACCUGUUGGUUUUGGACUUCUGCUUGUUAUGGAUGGACCCCGUGCUGCGUCUGUACCACAGGCGCCCUAUUGAAAAUUGAGAGCGAGAGAGAAAGAGAGAGAGAGAAAGAGAGAAAGAGAGAGAGAGAGAGAGAGAGAGAGAGAGAGAGAGGCAGUAUAAACAGACAACGCCCCUUCAGAUUAGAAUUCGUGCUGAGUGGGACACACGAUUUCUGCUCAACCCAUUGCCUCAAAAAGCGAAAAUCACAUUUAAAGACCGCACAUAGCGCACACGGCUCAGUUCGGUUUUCUGUUUUAUUUUCUCGGGAUAAUGGAAUUGGCCCCCUCUUGUCUUAGGGCGCCUGCUGCGGCAGACCAGACGAUGUGAGAUGGUGGGGAGGGGGGGGGGGUGAAAGAUAGGAUCUGGGAUGGCUCCAGAAAAGUCUCCCUUCUAUUUUUUUACUGUUAGCUUUAAGACCGGAACUGACCAUAACACAGAUCCACUAAUUCAUAGACACCUCUGACAGGCCCAGAUGGUUACGCAGUUGCCUAAACAAAGCAUUUGGCUUGUUCAAGCUCCCCUUUUGCCAUAACAAGAGUAUUGUCAUUUUCACAAUGCUGUCAUCCUGCUCCACAGCACUGGGUGUGUGUGUGUAUAAAUUGUAUUCAUAAAUUGCUUUAAAUUUUAGUCCCUUAUUUUUGUAUUUAAGUUUAGUGGAUUUAACCCUGAUCUCUUUUUUUGGUUCAAAUAAAUGGAGGUUGAAAUAUGAAAAUAA